CACGAAAGCGUCAUUGGAUUCAAUGCGAGAGCAGACAAGUCCAGAAAAGUAAAAUUAAAUAGCAACACAUCACCGAACAGAAGGCAAUGGGUGGAGAGAGAGAAAUGGCGAAUGGUGAAUGGUGAAUGGUGAAUGGUGAAUGACCCCACAGAAGGAAUAAAACAGGCUGUGGUAGAGCUGUAAACGUUCCAUUUCACCACUCUUUAUGAUAUGAUAUAUUUUCUCCGAAAGCAUAGCUUUGAGCAAACAGCAGAGCAUAAUGUUUGGCAGUACAAAGGCAUCAUCGCUGCCAGUGUCGUCGCGUUCAGAGGAAGGAGGCCUUCGCAGACGUCUUUCUUCGCUGUCUCUGAAGAUCCAAGACAGCCCAACAUGGUCAUUUUCCAGAUCCAAGUCCCUCUCAUCCAUGGGUGACUAUGUAAGGACAUGCUGGGCCUGGAUCCUCUCCAGGAAGCUCAUCUUUGCCACAGAUCUCGAAAUGAACGACCAGAAAACUAAGCUCCUUGGCUCCCACAACAGGGGCACUUGGAGCCAUGUUUUCUAUAAGCUGCGCUCUGAGAUCAGAAGGUUCAUCUCUACUUCUGAUCACGCCACUCUUCCCAAAACCUACCACAGGUCCUCACCUCAAGUCUUCUCAUAAUUCCCUCCACAUUUCUCAAUGCUUCCUUCAAAUAAUUUACCUCUUUAUUUCAGAUCCACCGUGGAAAUCAUUACGUAAGCCAAUUUUAUGUACAAUUCAUUCUUCAUGUUAAUUUUGUUGCCCGUACGCAGUUAAUUACGUGCAUAUUAUAUUAAUUGUGGAUUGUUAUAAUUAAAUUUGUUGCCUAAUGGAACAAAUUAAACAUCUUAUUUUUAGGGUGCUUGUUGCAUACUGUUAUUAUCUUGUAGUUGUAUUGUAUGGUGGAUGUAGAACCUGCCAAUUUUCUGUUUCUGAAUCCCCUGCCCAAGUAAUUCGUAAAUAAUGAUAGCUGAAUUCUAAACUUGUUGCCGUGA